AUGGAAUUACAAUCUUUUGAAGCCUAUUUGGACAUGAUGAUUGAUCAAAUCAACGAAGAAUCAUGCAAUCUUAUAAUCGAACAACCGCGAUAUGCUCAUGCUGUGCUCGUAUUGGCCAACAAUGAUGAACCCGGAGAGCUUAUGGCGGCUUCUCGUAUCAAGGUUUUUGAUGCGAAUUUCUUUUCUCAGUCAUCAAAGGAUUACAAAAGCGAUUCUGUUCAGUUUCUUUCCUCUCACCAUAAAGUAGAAACUGAAAGAGGUGAAUUGCGAAAUAGCUGCAGUUAUGGCACUGGUGUUGAUGAUGAAAUCAAAAGAGCUUUAAAAAAAUUGGAGGAAUCCAGGAGAUCACUUGAUGAGCCGCUAGAUCUGAAAAACGAGAUGAAUAUGACGAAAAAAGAUUUAUCAUUUUCGUUUUCCCUUCCAUUUUCCUCGCUAAAAGAAAGUAAUCAUCGAUUUAUACCUCACACUUGGAUAACUCAACCUUUAUCCAGACGCAUUAAUAAAGUAACAGUUACAACGAAUGAUAAAAAUGACGAAGCUAUUGGCUAA